CUCGGAAUCUCUGGGCGAUUAGUUUCGCCUGCUGCGCUGCGGUUUAUGCGCCCGCUGAGCCGGCCGCCGCUCUAUGUUGUGUUGUGAGGCGGGAGGGUGAAUUUUAACGUUUAAUAUUUAUUUGUAGAGAAAACUAAACAACCACGCGGAUCAUAAUGGGGAAGAAAGAGGAAGAAGAGAUCAUAAGGAUCGCGAAAAAGAUGGAUAAAAUGGCGCAGAAAAAGAAUGCGUCUGGAGCUUUGGAUUUGCUGAAGGAGUUAAAGAACAUUCCCAUGACUCUUGAGUUACUACAGUCUACCAGGAUUGGAAUGUCUGUGAAUGCUAUUAGGAAACAGAGCACAGAUGAAGAGGUCACCUCACUUGCAAAAUCGCUCAUCAAAUCCUGGAAGAAGCUGUUAGAUGAACCAGGAGGGGGUGAGAAGGUAUCAGAAGAGAAGAAAAAGGAGCCAACACCUCCCACUCCCACGUCAGCUUCCACGCGGAGCAGCCCUGAGCCACGAGAGGAGAGUUCGAGCAGCAACUCAAGCAGCAAAAGUGAAACAGGUGAUGCUCCACCCAACACACUGAUCACCACUUUCCCUCAAGCUCCCAACACCUCAGACUCGGUGCGGCUUAAAUGCAGAGAGAUGCUCUCCAGUGCUCUUCAAUCUGGGAAUGACUACAUUGCUAUUGGUGCCGAUUGUGAUGAACUUGGAGCUCAGAUUGAAGACUGCAUUUUUCAGGAAUUCAAAAACACUGACAUGAAAUACAAAAACAGGGUACGGAGCAGAAUCGCUAACCUGAAAGAUGUCAAGAACCCAAACCUGAGAAGGAAUGUCCUUUGUGGAAACGUACCUCCAGACAGAAUGGCCAAGAUGACAGCAGAGGAAAUGGCCAGUGAUGAACUUAAAGAGAUGCGUAAAAACCUGACCAAAGAGGCAAUCCGAGAGCACCAGAUGGCAAGAACAGGAGGCACUCAGACUGAUCUCUUCUGCUGUGGCAAAUGCAAAAAGAAGAACUGUACAUACACCCAGGUUCAGACUCGUAGCGCUGAUGAACCAAUGACCACAUUUGUUUUCUGCAAUGAAUGUGGAAAUAGGUGGAAGUUCUGUUGAAGAGGAAAGUGAAUUUUCCGAAGUCAAAGAGGAUAUAGACUGCCGGACCAGGACUUCUGUUGUUUUUUUUACCUAUAUUUGUUGAUUAAAGAAAAGUUAGGAAUUUUGCAUUAGUGGAACCUGGUACACAGAUGGCCACAGAAAAACAUCACCACUAUUUGAUUUUAACCAUUACGUCCUCGGAACUAUUCCUUGUAUUAACAUUAGGUAGUUGGAACAGUCUCUCAGACUAUGGUUGAUGUUAAUGUAUUUCUUUUUUAUAUGUAGUUUGACAUUAAAAUUUUAUCAAUAA